UGGUGGAGGAGCCGGGGCCGAGCAGAGGUUGACCGACUGGGCUGCCUGGUCGGUUGGCCGGCCGCGCUCUGCUCCCCGCCCGCCAUGGCGAUCCGCAAGAAGAGCAACAAGAACCCUCCGGUGCUCAGCCACGAGUUCGUCGUGCAGAACCACGCGGACAUCGUCUCUUGCAUGGCCAUGGUCUUCUUGGUUGGGCUGAUGUUCGAGGUUACGGCAAAAGCAGCUGUUGUAUUUGUUACACUUCAGUAUAAUGUUACUAUUCCUGCCACAGAAAAUCAGUUAACAGAAACUGUCACGUUGUAUCACUAUGGUGUCAAAGAUCUGGCUACUGUUUUCUUCUACAUGCUGGUGGCAAUCAUCAUACAUGCUAUUAUUCAAGAGUACAUGCUAGAUAAAAUUAACAGGCGAAUGCACUUUUCCAAAACAAAGCACAGCAAGUUCAAUGAAUCCGGACAACUCAGUGCAUUCUAUAUUUUUUCCUGUGUGUGGGGAACAAGCAUUCUUGUGUCUGAAAACUACGUAUCUGAUCCAACAUCACUGUGGAGGGACUAUCCACACACAGCAAUGCCGUUUCAAAUGAAGUUCUUUUACAUCUCUCAACUAGCAUACUGGCUUCAUGCUUUUCCAGAACUCUAUUUCCAGAAGACAAAAAAGGAAGACAUUCCACGCCAGCUUGUUUACAUUGGACUUUAUCUUUUCCAUAUCACCGGAGCGUAUCUCUUGAAUUUGACCCACCUUGGGCUUGUUCUUCUUGUGUUACAUUACUUUGUAGAAUUCUUGUUCCACAUCUCCAGACUCUUUUACUUCAGUAAUGAAAAAUAUCAGAAAGGGUUUUCAAUCUGGGCUGUUCUUUUUGUUUUGGGAAGGCUCCUGACCUUGAUUCUUUCUGUCCUUACGGUUGGAUUUGGACUUGCUAGAGCAGAGAAUCAAACAUUGGAUGUUAGUACUGGAAACUUCAAUGUGUUGCCAAUCAGAAUCAGUGUGUUGGCAUCCAUCUGCUUAACACAGGCCUUUAUGAUGUGGAAGUUCAUUAAUUUCCAACUAAGAAGGUGGAGAGAACAUUCUUCACCUCCCCAGCCAGUGAAAAAGAAAUUUGUAACAACUAAAGGCAAGCCUUCCAGAAAAGAAAGAGAAAAUGGAAUAAAUGGAACAUUAACCUCCAAUGGAGCAGAUUCACCUCGCAGCAGGAAAGAAAAGUCUUCUUAAAACAGAACUUUAUUAAGUUAAUUGACUAAUAUCCCCAAAGAGAACUGCUUUUUACUUUGAAAUUCUUUCAGCACCAGAGUUCCUGUUGUGAACAAAAAAUAAAAUUAGUGCUUUUUUUGAUUAUUGCUACCAUAAUGUUUUGUUUUAACUUUUAAAAAUAUUUUAAUUGAAAAGGGGCCAGAUUAUUUUUUAAUAUCUUUGAAAAUAUUUGAGUAUUAAUCAGAACUCAGUCUUACAUUCUUCCAUUCCUUCCAGCUUCGUAGCCGAUUCCAAAAAGAUGUUGUAAAGUUCUUGUUUUUAAGAACAAUUCAGAAUUGAAGAUUAAAUAAUGCAAUUUUUUAGAUAUUCUCUAACACUUAGGUGUAAAUUUUGGUUUUACAUUUCACAAGAAAAUUUGUAAAGCAACAGAAUAAAAUUCAUUACUUUGUAGGUGAUUUCUACAGUGGUUCGAGAAAAUCCCUUAUUAAAACACAGUUGGACUGA